AAGAAGAAAAAAAAAGAAGAGUAAAAUGAAGCACCCGAGAGAGCCAACUUCACAACUUCGUCUUCGCAGUUUCUAAUUCCAGAGUUUCGAUCUUUUGUCUUCCUUCUUCUAUUUGCUCCGCAGAUUCUCAGACACCUCCUUCUCCAAUCCGUAUUCCUCUACUUUCAAUCUAUUCACUUCUCUUUCGCCGAAAUUGUGCAGUGUUGUGCAUUUUGUUUCCAAAGAAAGAAGUAGUGAGAUGGAGAAGGCCACAAAAAGGAAAGUUAAUAAUAAAAAGGGAAAGGAAGAAAAGCCCAUUGUUGAAUGUGAUGAUGAAUCUGACGCCUGGUGGUGGUUGGUCCACAAGGGAAUCACAGCUUCAUUCUUGUCCAUUGCAUUGUUUUCGUUGUUGGUUCGAGUGGCUGUCUCACUCCAUCCUUACUCUGGUGCUGGAAAUCCUCCCAAGUAUGGCGACUUUGAAGCACAGAGGCACUGGAUGGAAAUCACUCUCAAUCUGCCACUCAAGGAAUGGUAUCGUAACAGUACAGUCAAUGAUCUCAGAUACUGGGGUCUUGACUACCCUCCUCUGACUGCUUAUCAGAGUUAUGUACAUGGUCUUUUCCUCAGAUUUUUCAGUCCUGACUCAGUUGCUCUCUUCACUUCCCGUGGCCAUGAGUCCUAUUUGGGAAAACUUCUCAUGAGGUGGACAGUGUUAUCCUCUGAUGUCUUGGUGUUCUUUCCUGCUGUUUUCUACUUUGUUGUAGUUUACUAUGCUGGUCGAAACCCAAGUCACCGUAUGAGUGGCAUAGCAUGGCAUAUGGCAAUUAUUUUGCUUAAUCCAUGUCUCAUCCUAAUUGACCAUGGCCAUUUCCAGUACAACUGCAUCAGCUUGGGUCUAACUGUGGGAGCUAUUGCCUCUCUUCUUUCAGACAAAGAUCUUGUAGCCUGUGCCCUGUACAGUCUUGCUCUCAAUCACAAGCAGAUGAGUGCAUAUUUUGCUCCUGCAUUUUUCAGCCACCUACUGGGUAAAUGCCUAAGGCGUCAAUAUCCACUUCUUCAAGUGUUAAAACUCGGCCUUGUUGUCUUAGGAACAUUUCUUAUUGUCUGGUGGCCAUAUGUUCAUUCAAUGGAAGCCUUUUUGGGGGUUCUCUCUCGUCUUGCUCCUUUUGAGAGAGGGAUAUUUGAGGAUUAUGUGGCUAACUUUUGGUGCACCACUUCGGUUCUUGUAAAGUGGAAGAGAUUGUUUCCAACACAAACCCUGAAGCUUCUCAGCUUUGGUGCAACUAUUUCUAGUUGCCUGCCUUCAAUGAUUCAGCAGAUAUGGUCUCCAAGCAAGCAAGGUUUCCUUUAUGGUUUGCUGAAUAGCGCAUUCUCAUUUUAUUUGUUCUCAUUCCAAGUGCACGAGAAGUCAAUUUUGCUGCCUCUCCUGCCAGCAAGUCUUUUGGCAACGGAAGAACCUUUUCUUUUUACCUGGAUGACAUUUUACGCCUUGUUCUCAAUGUUUCCUCUUCUGCACCGUGACAAACUGGUUCUACCUUAUCUGUCACUAUCUGCUCUUUUUAUACUUUUAAACCAUUUGUCGAGUGGAAGACGGGACACAAAGGACACAAGCGCCUUCAGAUCCUUUGUGACAAGAGUCUUUCUUUUGUGCUCAGUCAUUCUUCAUGUUGUUUAUUUAAGCAUGCAUGCCCCAGCUAGAUAUCCUUUCCUUUUUGAAGCUUUGAUUAUGCUCCUUUGCUUCUCCCAGUUCGUUUUUCUAACUUUGUACACUAAUGCGAAGCAAUGGAUGUUGCUGAAACACUCUAACUUGGUGGAUAAAGAAAAGAAACUCCUUUGAACCAAUGUAUUGGUAAUGGGGUCCAUUUCCUUGGAUUUACAUCUUAAUAUGUUUCUGCUUUAGAUUAGGUAGAAUAGGCAGCAAGUUUGUGAAAGCACUUUUUGUAGUUGUUGCUUUGUUAAGGGGAACAAGUCAGCCAAACUCUGAACCUCAAUUUUGACAUCAGACCUCGGCUCAUCUUGGUUUGUACCAUUUGAAGCUCCCUGACGUUGAAUGCGAUCGGUUGUACUGUUCCUAAUCCCCAUUGUGUAAAAAUCUUAUAAUGGAGCAAAUUCAACUUAUUUUGAA